UUUCAAGGGAGGAGAGCCUUGGGGACAGCCCUCCUGGGCUUACCAGCACUUUUGAAUUACGGGGAUGGAGGACAGUAGGCUGGGCCUGUCAGAGCAGGACCUAUAGGCCACUGUGGAGGAGCCUGCGUGGGAGGGGCCUGAGCAGUGUCUGUGCAUGGAGUUGGUGGAGUGAAGGGUAGGGCCCUGGGAGGCCCGCCCCUUGAAUACACUGCCUGGGCCUCAGCUCUCAGGGUAGUGUGCACAUCUGGCCAGCUGGAGGGAGCAUGAACGGCUCACAGGUGGGAGCUGCUGCGGCCAAGGUCGCCUGGCUGAGCUGCUGCAACCAGUCUGGCUUGCCACUCGGGCCCCUAGAGGGGCCACACACGGUGCAGGCCGUAGUGCUGGGUGUGCUGUCACUCCUGGUGCUCUGUGGGAUCCUGUUCCUAGGUGGUGGACUCCUCCUCCGUGCUCAGGGCCUGAUAGCCCCGCUGGCUCGAGAAAGGACCGCAUCCCCCGAGGCUGAGCCUGGUGCCUGUGGAGGGAAUGGCGGCACCUAGGUGUCUGGCUGCUCCUGAAGCCCAGCCCCGCCUGUGCUGUCCAGAGCACGGUGGAAGGUCCACUCCACAAGCUCCUGUCUCCUGCCCCGGACCCUGGUUACGGAGGAGCCCGAUGCAGUCAGGCCUUCCCUUG